AUGGCAGCCGCAACGACGUCCUCGCCUGCGUCCGUCGCCUCGAGCGUCGCCGCAGUAGCUCCGAGCGCCCCCGCCUCACUGAACACUCAGGGCAAGAAGAAGGAGCUUCGUACCCCUCUGGAAAUCCUCAUGUACUCUCGCGAUCAGGCUUUUCGAGGGGGGAUUGCGGGUGCCUCUGCGCAAGUUGUGAACGUCCUCGCCUUCAUGUGGCUCAGGACAACGAUGAACUACCAGUACCGCUACGGCGGCACGACGCUCGGGUCGAUCAAGAAGCUCUACGGCGAAGGCGGCGUGGUUCGCUUCUACCGCGGGCUUCUUCCGGCGCUGAUGCAGUCUCCUCUCAGCCGCUUCGGAGACACUGCGGCGAACGUGGGCGUGCUGGCGGCGCUCGACGCGAGCCCGCGCACGCAGGACCUGCCUAUCGGCAUUAAAACGGCGCUCGCGUCCUGUGGCGCUGCAGGAUGGAGAUUCUUUCUCAUGCCGCUCGACGCCUGGAAGACGACCAAACAAGUCGAGGGCGGUAACGGCCUUCAGGUCCUCGUCGCCAAGGUUCGCACUUACGGCGUGCCGAAGCUGUACCACGGCGCGGUGGCAGCGAUGGGGGCAACCUGGGUGGGACAUUAUCCGUGGUUUUUUACGCACAACUAUCUCUCUGAGACGCUUCCCAAGUUCGAGUUCACCUACGGAAAGCAUAUGCGCUACGCGCUGAUUGGGUUCGCCAGCAGCGUGGUCAGCGACACCUGCUCAAACAGCAUUCGCGUCCUCAAAACGACCAAACAGACCUCCGUGGUUCCGCUCACGUAUAUGCAAACUCUGCGCGAAGUGCUGAGCAAGGACGGCUUCACGGGGCUCUUCUUCCGCGGCUUGGGAACUCGAAUCCUCACCAAUGGACUGCAGGGCAUGGUCUUUUCUGUGGGUUGGAAGGCGAUCCAGGAUCACCUGAACAACCGAAAGUAA